AUGGGGGAUCACAUUUUUGCAAUCGAGUGUUUUAGGUUGCCUUGGCAAAAUACAGUGUUAAACAGCAUAAGGUGGCAACUCCAUAUCGUGGCAACUCCAUAUCACUCACAGACUAGUGGGAAAGUGGAGAUUAAAGUUAUUCUUGCCGAAACGAAGAAUGCAAGCAAACAAGAUUGGUCUAGGAAGCUAGAUGAUGUCUUAUGGGAAUAUCAAAAAGCUUCCAAGACUCAUAUUGGCAUGUUACCAUACCAAUUGGUCUAUGUCAGGGCAUGUCAAUUGUCGAUUGAACUGGAACACAACGUACUGUGGGUACUCAAGAGGCUAAACUUGAAUUGGAAUAAGGCAAUGGAAUUUCGACUGGGGCAGCUGAAUGAGAUGGACCAGUUCCAUCUUGAGGAUUAUGAAAGUAUAGAUUUAUACAAAGAGAAGAUUAAGAAGUACCAUGACCGAAAGAUCGAUGAUUAG